AUGGAUCUGGACUCUGUCGAGAGUUUCAGUGAAAUCCGUUCCGCGGGUCUGCGAGCUGCUAUGAAGCUCCAGGCUCUGCAGAGACUCUGUCACAUGAACGUCGUGUUUGUUCGACACAUCACAACUGCUCUUCGCUCGGUGGGCGGAGUUCAACAGGACAUCACGAUGAGCAAAGAGGAAAUGAUGCGUGCUCUGAACAGGAUGUUCCACAGCGUGUCAGAGGAACUGCAAGGUCAUGUGACUGCGGCCGCUCUCGAGGAGACAUGCAGUCUGAUGUUCAGGCUGUUCGACCCCAGUCAGUCUGGGGGAGUUUCAGCUCGCUCUCUUCAAACCGCUCUGAUUGCUCUGUCGUCAGAUAACUUGCUGCUGAAGUACAGAGGUCUGCUGCAGGUCUCAGUGAGCCCUGCAGGUUCCAUCAGCAGGUCCGGACUCAGGUGUUUGCUGCAGGACCUCAGCCAGGUAAACACAGCUCACACUAUAUUUCAGCAUGCCUUUCUGGUGCUGCUCUCUCUAACGUGUGUUUUCAGGUUCCCUGCGGCGGUUCAGGAGGAAGUUGUUGGCGAUGUGGAGGCUGCGGUGCGGUCGUGUUUUAAUAGGGUGUUGACCCCAACGAUGAGCGAACACCAUGUGUUGUCAUGGCUGCAGAGUGAGCCACGCCUGUUGCUGUGGUUACCCACUCUGUACCGGCUGUCUGCCAGUCAGAGCGUCACACACAAUGUUCGCUGCCACACCUGUAAGACCCGCCCCUUCUCUGGGCUCAGGUAUCGAUGUUUGAAGUGUGUGAACAUCCAUGUGUGUCAGAGCUGCUUCCUGACCGACCGCCAGACCAGGAAACACAAAACCCAUCAUCCAGUGCGUGAGUUCUGCACACAGCCCACCUGGCGAGAGUCUCUGACCUCAUUAGUGCACAGUGCUCGUCACACCUUGCUGCCACGGCGAUACACUCAGAGAGAAGUUAAUAGGAGGGUCCUAAUGUGGGCGGAGCCAGGAGAGACUGAGUACAGAGCCCCGCCCCCCUCUGAUGCUCCAACUCGAUUGGCUGACUCAACUCCCAGUCCCUCCUCUGACAGGCAUGUUUCCCAUAAUCCUUCAGAGCCUCAUACACCUCCUCGCUGCUCUUCUUCAUGUAAAUCUCUGCAGACGGAUGAGGACACGCCAAGUCAACAGGCGGUGGCACUGCUGGCAGACGUGAGGAACCUGCAGAGGGACCGAUGGCUGUUGGAGCAGGAGCUGCAGGCAUUUCGGCUCACCGUCCAAUCGGAGCAGGGAGUCCUGGAGGACAGGUGCUCUGAGAUGGAAGUUACCAUGGAAACACUGAGGCAGCACAACGCUCAUCUGCAGGAACUGCUCACGCAGGCCAUGAGCAAGGCUCAACAACAUGCCAGCAACAUGCCACACAACACGGAGAACACGGAGAGAGGAAGCAUCACGCCAGCCUCUGAUGCCCCAACAACCACAGAAGAAGACGAGGGGGAUGAGGAGGAGGAAAAGGAGGAGAUGAAGAUAGAGGAUGCUCCAUCUCCCAUAAUCCAACAGGGCUCACCUCACUCAUAUGAUGUAGACUCUGAGGAGGAAUCUGCUGCUGACUUGCUUCCACUUCACCCAAUAGAACAGCAUGGCCCUGAGGAGGCGGGGCCACAAGGAGAACGCAGCUAUCUGUCUGAAGAAGAGGAGGAUGAUGGGACGUGUAGUCCAGAGAAGCUGCUACAGGAGACCAUAGAAGGACUGAAGGCUGCACUGGAGAUGCACAGGUGGACUCACACAGGUGAGCGGACGAGGGCGGGACUUCUGCUGGCUGCAGAGCAGGUGGGAGACUCGAUGCUCCACCUGGUGGCCGCUGUGAGAACAAACUGACCAGAUGACAUUAUCCAGCUU